GCAGCGAUAGGCCAGGGGAUGACCUGUUCUUUCCUGUCCGUCCAACUUCACCUAUGACCUCUUACCUUAAGUAUUAAAAGACGUCCCCUCGCGUGCGGCCAGGUAAAACAUCCUUUGGUCCCUAGCCGGAACCGUAUCUUCUCUUCUCUGUCGUGGGAUUUUUUACUUUUUUGUUUCAUAUACGGUAUUGUCUACUGACUUACAUCGUGUUUGUUUUAUCCUCUGCUUUUACUUGACUGGACAUGGAUCAGUAGUUACCUGGACUAACCGUUCGAUUUUACAUGGGUCCUACUGUAAAAUCAACAAUGAAUAAAUGGACUGCGAUUAUCUUUCUGAUCUCAAUUUUCUGCAGUGCAAUUCCCUCUGGUGGGGAAGAGAUCUUCAGAGAUAAACGCGCAGUCAAAGGUGGUAGAAAAACUGGAUCAGGAUCAACUAACAUUGGAACAAGUAAUGAUUUUGGAGGACAUGAUCAUAAUGGUGAAUGGUGGAAAGAGUGGUGGCAAAAAUAUAUAGGUGAAGUUACAGAUCCUACGGUUCGGCCGUUAAUUUUUCCUACAGAUGAAUAUGGAAACAGAGUUCCAUGCCCUUGUCUUUUGCCUGGAACUCCUCCACAACCACCCGUUAGGCCACCGCCUACUCAACCUCCUGCGCGGCCUCCACCUGUGAGACCACCUCCAACGCAGCCGCCGGCCAGACCUCCUCCGGUAAGGCCUCCUCCACCACCCCCACCUCCACCAACGCAAAGGCCUGUCAGACCACCUCCCCCACCCCCUCCAACGCAGAGACCUCCCCCACCCCCUCCAACACAGAGGCCAGUCAGACCACCUCCCCCACCCCCUCCAACGCAAAGGCCUGUCAGACCCCCUCCCCCACCACCGCCUACUCAAAGGCCAGUCAGACCACCUCCCCCACCACCGCCUACUCAAAGGCCAGUCAGACCACCUCCCCCACCACCGCCUACUCAAAGGCCAGUCAGACCACCUCCCCCACCACCGCCUACUCAAAGGCCAGUCAGACCACCUCCCCCACCACCGCCUACUCAAAGGCCAGUCAGACCACCUCCCCCACCACCGCCUACUCAAAGGCCAGUCAGACCACCUCCCCCACCACCGCCUACUCAAAGGCCAGUCAGACCACCUCCCCCACCACCACCUACUCAAAGGCCAGUCAGACCACCUCCUCCACCCCCACCAACACAAAGGCCAGUCAGACCACCUCCCCCACCCCCACCUACUCAAAGACCUGUCAGACCACCUCCCCCACCUACUCAAAGGCCUGUCAGACCACCACCCCCACCUACUCAAAGACCUGUCAGACCACCUCCUCCACCACCACCACCACCACCCACACAAAGACCAGUCAGACCUCCUCCUCCACCAACACAAAGGCCUGUCAGACCACCUCCUCCACCUCCACCUCCACCUACAAGACCACCAGGCAAACAACCACCACCACCAGUAAGACCACCUGGUAAACAGCCUCCACCACCGGUGACAAGGCCGACGCCUCCCCCCCAAGUACGUCCACCACCGCCUCCACCUCCAGUUAGACCUCCUCCACCACCACCACCACCCGUCAGACCACCACCACCCGUUAGACCUCCACCAGGUACAAGACCACCUCCUCCAGUCAGGCCUCCACCAACACAACCACCAGUUAGACCACCUCCACCUCCUCCACCACCAGUCACAAGACCACCUCCACCAGUAAGGCCUCCACCAACGAAACCACCGGUAAGACCUCCUCCUCCACCACCACCUGUGACUCGACCUCCUCCUCCUGUUAGACCUCCCCCAACUAGGCCUCCAUUGAGACCACCCCCACCUCCACCACCUCCAGUAACUCGACCACCUCCUCCAGUUAGACCGCCUCCAGUACAACCACCGGUAAGACCACCACCACCUCCUCCACCAGUAACUAGACCACCACCACCAGUAAGACCCCCACCAGUAACUAGACCACCACCAGUAAGACCCCCACCUACAAGACCACCACUUAGACCACCUCCACCCCCACCACCACCGGUAACUAGACCACCUCCACCAGUUAGACCACCACCAACUCAGCCACCAGUUAGACCUCCCCCGACACAGCCACCUGUCAGGCCUCCACCCAUUCAACCACCUGUUAGGCCUCCGACACAGCCUCCUGCCAGGCCACCACCAACAAGACCGCCACCAGUCAGGCCUCCUCCAACACAGCCACCAAUAAGGCCACCAACACAACCACCUGUGAGACCUCCAAUUAGGCCACCACCACCCACAUCCAGACCUGGAAGACCCCCUACUGGUGGAACUGGUGAUGAAGAUUGUGUGUCUGAAGGACCACCCGUUAAAGUUCCCAGACCUGAUCGACCACAACUCGAUGGAUCAAUGCCACCAUGUGCACUAAGUGGCAGAAACUUUUGCAUACUUACAGAUGACUAUCCAGCAGACUUUGUAAAUCGCGUGGUGGACAAGAGUAUGACGAAAGUAAGAAUUAUGUAUGAAGAAUUGCAAACCGUCGGAGAUCCUGAACUUUUCAAGAACCAAUAUGGCGACAGUGCAGCUGCUCGUGGUAGCUUCGCUUGCGAGACACAGGCCAAUAUAAUGAGGCCAGGCUGGGCACAAGAGAGUGUUACUGGAGACUGGAUGGUUAUCAUCAACACUGACCUCUUCCCACAGAAAGUUAGAACAGAAAGUUGCUCGAGACCAAACGAACCUUGUUCUUUUAUAUCACCAUAUUACGAUUCUACUUGCCAACAAAGAUACAGUCUUCACAGGUUGCUUGCUGUUUAUCCACAUGACCCUAACCGUAGUCCAGUAGUGGCUCUAUUCAAGUUCCCAGCUGGUUGUUCUUGCAGAGUGGAUCCAAUAAGGAAAAAUGACAUAGAACAAAGGAAAAUCAAACGAUAAUAAUUGAACUGCAAACGAUUUGUGAAUCAAAGAACUGUGAUGUACAUAAAACUCAAUAUUCGGAAAACAUUUUUUUUAACUGCAUUGUUUUUGCCAAAAUGGCCAACCUCUGUAUAACGGACACUCGUACU